AUGGGUGUAGUUGGUGUGUUGAUACAAAAUGGUCAGGUUGUGGCUUAUGCUUAUAGACAAUUUAAGGAAGAGUUGACUAUGAGGCAAAGGAUAUGGCUCGAAUUUCUGAAGGAUUAUGAUUUUGGUUUAAGUUACCAUCCUGGUAAAGCCAGUGUCGUGGUUGAUGCUUUGAGCAAAAAGUUGUUGCAUAUGUCGAUGCCUAUGGUUCGAGAAUUAGAGUUGAUUAAGCAGUUCAAAUAUCUCAGUUUGUUGAGGAAGCAUAUUCUUGAUUUGUCUCAUGUGAUUCAAGUGAGAGAUGUGCAAGUUAGAGAGAACUUGACCAUUGAGGCAUCUCCCUUGAGAGUAUAUGAUCGUAAAGUGAAGCACUUGAGAGGCAAGGAGAUUGCAUUGAUGAAGGUGGUGUUGGGAGGACCUUCUGGUGAAAGCAUGACGUGGGAGCUAGAGGGUGAGGUGAGAGAGUCAUAUCUGACUCUAUUUCCUUUCAGUGAUUUAUAUGAUUUUAUUUGGAUAACUGAAAACAUUUGUGUUUUGGAUAGUUUGGAGAAAGUUAAGGGAAUGAUAGGAAUUAGUUAG